UACAUACAGGAGAAAAUUGCACAGAGCGGUGCAUGCAAAAAAAAGUGAUGCAGGUCAUUUGGCGGUCCGCAGGCAUCCCCAGCCCCGCUGGGCUGCUCUGUCCCUCUGCCUUCUGCCUCCCACCACUCCUGCCCCCUCUGAUGUCUCCUCCUGUCUUAAAAAAAUGGACGAGAGGUGUGCCACAGCUUAACCCGCUCAGUGAUGGACUCCAAUGCCCAAAAAAAGUCUCACCUGGGUAAGAAGUGGAGGAUCCAGGCCCAGGAGAAUUUUGCCAAGAAAAAAAAGUACAGGUUCUCGGGGCUGACAGAGUCUGACCCUGAGCCCCUGCAUCCCUGGGAGGUCGCAAACAACUUGAACACAGAAAAAAAGCCUCUGCAGAAGAGGUUGGUGCCAACGAGGUCCAUCCCAGUCCGAGGGCUCGGGGCUUCAGAAAAAAAAUCACCGUCCAGCUCCUGCCCGGCACCACUACCAGCACCACCGCCACCUCCACUGUGCAACCUUUGGGAACUCAAGUUGCUGAGUCGCCGCUUCCCCAGACAACUCGCCUUCCUGCUGUCCGCCCCGCACACUAAGGCUACCGGCCCCCAGACCAGCGAGGCGAAAGGGCCAUCCAGGGGCCGCUCCUAGAGCCUGGGCUCUGUGUGGCCUCCUUGUUGGCCACCUUCUCCUUGGCAGGCUCUGGGCAAUGGCCACAGAGACUUUAGUGAAGCAAUCAGCC